AUGGCAGGAGAUAAACGGAAGCCUUCUCUCAUUUUUGACAGUGAGGGAUCACUCUCCGCUUCGGAAGCUGAUGAGUUACCUUCGGACUCGGAUGGAGAGAUCGACAUUUCUUCAGCUCUCGCCGGGCACAAAAGCGCACAAAAGCGGCGCAGCAACGACGAAGAGGAAGAAGAUGAGCAACUGCAGGAAUUUAUUAGGGGCAGCAUCGCUAAACGCGAUGUUAAAGGAGGAACAGAUUUGCUUAAGAAGACCAAAGGAAAGACUAAGAUGGCUAAAGGAGAAGUAGGCGGAGGUAGCUUUCAGAGCAUGGGUAUUCACCCCUGGCUUCUGCGCUCUCUGACGCUGCAAGGGUUUCGUAUACCAACGCCUAUUCAGCGGCUAUCCAUACCGGCCCUGCUUUCCAAUCCUCCUCGCGACCUGGUUGGCAUGGCCAGAACGGGUUCCGGGAAGUCUCUUGCAUACAUGGUUCCUCUCGUCCAGCGACUGGGCGGUCGUCACGCUUCGACCUUCGGUGCUCGAGCAUUGAUUUUGCUUCCUGCGCGAGAGCUAGCGUUGCAAAUCUUAAAGGUCGGAAAGGAAUUAGCCAGAGGAUGGAAUGCAGGCGAGGGAAGUCACGCCGGUGAUGGAAAGGAUACUGAGGACGGGAAGAGGGGACAAGGGCUGCGCUGGAGUCUGAUUGUCGGUGGUGAAGGCAUGGACGAACAGUUCGAGACGAUUUCCCAUAAUCCUGAUAUCAUCAUUGCAACACCGGGUCGACUGCUCCAUUUGAUUGUUGAAAUGAACAUGGAUCUGAAGUCUGUGCAGUAUGUCGUUUUUGACGAGGCUGACCGUCUUUUUGAGAUGGGUUUUGAGACUGCUCUGACUGAAAUUCUACACCGUCUUCCUGCGACACGACAGACCCUGUUGUUUUCUGCCACGCUUCCGAAAAGUCUCGUCGAAUUUGCGAAAGCUGGUCUCCAAAAUCCCAAACUUGUUCGGCUUGACGCCGAGUCGAAAAUCAGCCCAGACCUCAAGAUGUCAUUCUUCUCAGUGAAACAGGCAGAAAAGGAUGCAUGUCUGUUGGUUCUUCUUCGCGACGUCAUCGGCGUUCCACUUGGCUCACCGCAAGCUGCAAUUGAUGACACAAGCAGCACUCAAGACAAGAAAGAGAAGGGGAAGGCCAGACUGAAGUACUCUGAGCAAGUCACGGCACCUCAUCAGACUCUUGUGUUCGCCGCAACCAAGCACCACGUGGAAUACUUAACAAAUUUGCUCACGAGUGCUGGAUAUUCUGUUUCCCACAUCUACGGAUCCCUGGACCAGACCGCGCGUACGCAGCAGAUGGACCAGUUCCGUCGAGGCCGCACGAACAUCCUCGUGGUGACUGACGUUGCUGCUCGGGGUAUUGAUAUACCAGUGCUAGAGAAUGUGGUCAACUAUGAUUUCCCGCAGGGAGCUAGAGUUUUUGUCCACCGAGUCGGCCGUACAGCGCGUGCGGGUAGGCAAGGAUGGGCGUGGUCGUUCGUGACAAACUCUGAACUGCCGUAUUUGCUCGAUCUACAGCUCUUCCUCGGCCAUCCCAUCAAGAACGAGGUUUCAGAUGGUGGGGACCAGGCGUACACCGAGUCUUUCGUCCUCGGUCCAUUUGAUCGCGACCAACUUGACGAGGAAGUGGAAUACAUCAGGAAGCUAGAGAACGACAAUCACAACCUCACCACGCUUAGAGAUGUGAUGAAGAAAGGUCACGGUAUGUACGAACGCAGCAAAGGGAAGGCUAGCCAGGUGAGCUACAAGCGUGCCAAGGAGAUGAUCAAGGAAGGCAAGUGGGGACUCGUCGGCGCAGAUUCAGGAAUACAUCCCGUGUUCUUCCGCAGUAAAGACGGGAGCAACGUCUCAACAAAGCUUGCCGGGGAGGCGAAGAGAAAGGCGCUUCUGAAGGCCGUGAAUGCUUUCAAACCUUUGGAAACUGUGCUGGAGAUUGGUGCUAGGGGAAAUACCGAGACUGCGGCUUUGAUGAAACAGAGACGCAAGGCACUUAGCAAAGCGGCGCAUCGCGCUUCGCUUGCUUCCACCUCUGCAGCCGUUUUGUCUACGGAGGACCUCGAUGAUGUUGAGGAGAUAGGCACACAGGUAGAUGCGGACGGCAUGGAACUUGCAGAUGAGGAUGAAAUUGCGGCUGUCUUCGACUUCGAUAAAAAAGGUUCCAGCGGCGGCAAGAACAAUUUCCGCGACUCUGAAUUCUACAUGUCACACUACCAAAAGGAUGCUAACACAGAGAAAGGGUACUCUCUCCGAGAUGGUGCUACUUUCGCGGAACAAGCCCAGAAUGUUACCUUUGACUUAGCCGGUGAUGAGGGCGUCCGAGAACGGAAACGUCGCGAAAUGCAAUGGGAUAAGAAGAAAAAGAGGUUCGUAAAGGGCACAGGGGAGGGCGCCGACAACGUCAAGCUCGUACGCACUGAAAGCGGCGUCAAGCUACCAGCUACGUACCGCAGUGGUCGAUUCGAUGAAUGGAAGGCGAGGAGUCGCGUCAGCUUGCCGAAGGUGGGAGAGGAGGAAACCGAAGCACGGGGAGCUGCUGGGAGGAGGAAGUUCAAGCACAAGCAAGCUACAGCUCCGAAGCCGCUAGAUAAGCUCAGCAUAGAUUACGACCGCAAGAUGAGACAGAAGAAGAGAAAGCUGGAGCACCAGGUGGAGUCACACGACCCUGAGUCUUCGAAGAAAACUUUCUCCCCUGGCAAGAAGAGCAAAACUAAGGCCCUUGGUCGGCGGUUUGGAGGAAAGUUUUCAGGGAAAGUCAAGAAUGAGCUCAAGACUGUGGAUCAAAUUCGCAAAUCACGGAAUACGAUACAGAACAGACGUGCCAAAAAUGCGCGACCCAGUCGGAGAAAAGGGAAACGAUGA